AUGGCUCCCGCUAUAUCCACUCUUGCCGAGUUCUCAUACGGUCUUUCAACGCUCUCGGUGUCUAUCCUCAAAAAGGCCUGUGAGGAAGCAGCAAAAACGCACCAGUACUCGUCUGCAGAGACACGAAGACGCAUCAUCGACGAGUUCACUCGUGUCUUCGAUGGUCGCCAGCCUUAUGACUGGCAAAUUGAUGUUACAGAAGCAAUCCUGCUCUGUUCGCGACACUGUGUCGACUGUAUGGUUAUUGCGGGGACGGGCGCAGGCAAGACAAUGCCAUUCGUCAUGCCACUUCUGCUUGACGAGACCAAGAAGAAAAUGCACUUUAAGAAACUGGGAAUCACUGCAAUGGCAGUCAAUGGGGAUGUUUAUAACACAAAACUUUACAAGGAGCUCGAAGAUCACAAACAUUGCACGAUAUUGACCUUGCCCGAAAUGUGCUUACAGCAUCCACAAUUCUCGCGACUGCUGUGCACACCAGACUUCAUGAAAAACAUAUCCGCUAUAGCUCAUAGUGACACCGAGCGCAUGCAGUGUAUCGAAUGCUUUUGCCGAUGUCCUGCAGCUCUUCAGAUAGAUUGCGAUCAAUUUCUGGCAGAGACUAUUGCGGUUAGAACGCGAGAACACGAGCAUUGCAAUGGUGUAUAG